UCAAAGUAAAACAGCUGCAUAUCUUCCAAGAAAAGCCCAUGUUUUCCGAAGGAAUUCGAGCGGAGGUGCUUUAUUAAGGGAACCGCUCAGGACAAACAUUAGCAUGGCAAGCACAGCCGUUCAGUUACUUGGCUUCUCUCUCAGUCUGCUCGGCCUAAUUGGGACACUAAUUGCUACUAUUCUGCCUCACUGGUGGCGAACGGCGCAUGUGGGCACCAAUAUUAUAACAGCUGUGGCGUACAUGAAAGGGCUCUGGAUGGAGUGCGUCUGGCACAGCACGGGCAUCUACCAGUGCCAAGUGCACCGCUCGCAGCUCGCGCUGCCGCCUGACCUCCAGGCAGCCCGUGCCAUGAUGGUAAUUUCCUGCAUCCUUUCUGCUCUGGCUUGCGUGAUCGCCGUCGUCGGUAUGAAGUGCACGCGCUGCGCCAAAGGGACCUCUGCCAAAGCCUCCAUCGCGGUCUCCGGAGGGAUUGUUUUCAUCUUGGCUGGUCUCGUUUGCCUGGUACCCGUUUCCUGGACCACUAACGACGUCGUUACAGAUUUCUACAACCCACUGCUUCCCCAGGGGAUGAAGUACGAGAUAGGCCAAGCCCUGUACCUGGGCUUUGUCUCUGCAUCGCUGACCAUCCUCGGUGGUGCCCUGCUCUGCACCUCGGGCCAGUGCAGCACAGACCAGGCCCCACAGCAGCCACGGCCCUGCAGCAGCAGGAUGGCUCCCUCCUGCAGACCACCAACUGCCUACAAGGGAAACCACGCUUCUUCCCUGACAUCUGCUUCCCAUAGCGGCUACAGAUUGAAUGACUAUGUGUGAGUUCCCUAUGAGCUGCCUGCAGGACACAGCUGCAUCAGAGUUUCUGCAUGGCAUAAGACAAAGCUAAGAUGAUUUUUAAUUUAUAAGGGUAACAAUACAGAGUUCACUGUUGUUUUUUUCUUCCUUCCCUUUCUUUCCAUAGAAAGAAUUUGAAUCCAGAACUGCUCGCUUCAGUGCACGGAAAAUAAAUGCAAAGAGAACUGUGAUACUCCAUGGACUGCAAAUACCUGCCUACUUCAAGCUGGGGUUUUGCAUACAGGCAGUUCCAGAGCAGUUUUGCUAAAAGUGGUGUUUGAGUUUGUAGUUUCUGCCCUGCAACAACUACGAACUGGCCACAACUUCUUACUUGAGCAGUGUUCCCACAAAAGAAGAUGCAGUUUUGCCUAAAACAGAAUUUCAUGGCAAAGCACAGCAGUGAUUUCCUGUUGAGUUUCUCAUUUCCAUAAUGUGUGAUAUCUCACUGUGACAAGUUAGUCGUUUGACUUAACUUUUUUUUUGUAGCGUUCAGAAAUUUUAAUACUAAUAAAACCCAUGUAGCAUG